AUGAUACCGGCAAAGUCAAACAGCGCCGCAGUCCCCAAACACGCGCCUAUCAGAAAGAAAGAACCGUCUAGAAGGGCCCGCAGGUUGGGAGGCACUGGUCCAACGCCGUAUACAGCACCCAGCUUGAAGAGCGGCCAAGGCGGCAGCGUGUUUCCGUGCCUCGCAACAAGUCGCUGUUCGAAAGCAAGCCCUUGGGGUGUGUCGGCCGCAUCAGCAUACGAUCCACUCGCUCCGAACAGCAGAGAUCUCAUUUGCUCCCAGAUGGACGACAUGGCCACGUAUUGGUACAACACGAAAAGUUGCCUUCUCUCGAACGCUGUACACAGGUUCUCGAAGCGGCCGCCUCCGGCCCGAGCACUCCGUCUCGAUGGUGCAUUGCGACGGUCGAGGCGCUCGCUGCGCCUCAGUGUUGCACAGGCUGCGUUGCUGGAUGCGUUGCAGUGGCGGUAA